GUAAGGUUUGCUUACUCCUAUAAUAUAAUCAUGUCUCCUAUGCACGCGCCGCUUUGGCGGAGGCUUGGCCCGGUGGCACGUGCCGGAUUCACCUCGUGCGUCAUCAUGCAAGCUGGCGACGUCGUAUGUCAGUGCAUCCAACGACGAAAAAGGUGCGUCACCCGCACCUGGAUGUGCUAGGCUUUCCUGACGUUCUCUCCCUCCGCGCAGACGAGCUACCUUCGCAUGGCGUGAGCAUGACUGGACACGGACAGCACAAUUUGGGCUUAUUGGGCUGACUCUUCAUGGCCCAUUUUUCUGGUGGGGCUUUGGAAUGCUGGACAAGCGCUUUGGUCCAGCCAAGAGUCUUUUGACGGUAGGGACGUGACAGAUGUGGUUCCUAGCAGCGUUGAAAGCGAGUCAAAAGCCCCACCGCAAGUCUGUCCAGUGUUUCCCCGCGAACACUCCUAUUAGUACCGGUACCGCAUAAAAAUGCCGGAACCUAGCUCCAUUUUAGCCCAAUGGUGACCUGCCUACCAGCACUGCACGUGUUCCCGUGCACCCCUGUUCCCGUAUUCCCGGCCUUAUUCCACCAGUCCGUAGUCCCAGCCUAAGGGAACUGUCUUCCUGUGCAGGCGGCAAAGAAAGCCGCAUUCGGCCAUAUGACCAUCUUUCCAGUGUACAUUGUCGCCUUCUUCUCCUACAUCACUCUCUUGGAAACUCGCGGCGACUUGGCGGCAGCAGCAGACAAGGUCAAAGCCAGCUUUGUCAAGACCUUCGUCGCAGGUGGUUUUUUUAACGCCCCUGCUCUUCAACCUACCUCAUGUCCGGUUGCCUUCUCCCGUGCCUACCAUAUCUUCCUCACCCAGAGGUUGGCUUCUUACCCCUCAGCCACACUGCUUCAUUGCACCUCCUCAGCUCUUGCCCGGGCCUGUGCCCCCUCCAUCCGCGCCCAACCUCCUCCCGGCUAGGCUCGCUUGCAUCGCAAUUACGCGUCAUCACUGACUUUGCCACGGGUUAUCGCCAUCCUUCACAACAUGAUAACAAUCCUAUCCUCCUUAGCUCCUUUCCCGCUUCCCCUUCCUUCCCCGUGCCGCACAUGCCCCCCUGCGCCCCGCAGGCUCCCUCCUAUGGCCACUGGCCAACAUGAUCAACUUCAGGUUCUGCCCGCCAGCUGCCCGCGUACUGUACAUCAACGCGGUGGGUCUCCUGUGGAACGCCGUCCUCAGCGCCUUCAACAGCAGCGCGCUGGAGGCACGCACGGGCGCCGUGCAGGCCGUUGCGGCAUGAGGGCGGGAGCGCCAUGCGAGCCGCCGCCAACACGCUAUGGUGUGCGCCAGACGCCGGAUGAGGGUAGACGUAUGCUGGGAAGGAGGAGGGUAUGGGCAAUGGAGGAAGUAGGCCGUUUAAAGCUGUAUGGAUGCGGCGCACCGCUACUACAGUUUGGGGGGAUGCAGUGCACGCGGCCGUUGGGGUACUGUUUUUUCAGGUUUGUGCACACGAACUGGGGUGGGCUGUGCGGCGGGCUUUGUGUCGGAAUCGGCGCCGCUGUGUGUGAGCCCAGCGGUCUCCCUGUCACACACGGAUUGCCAUGGAGCGCGUUUCGUGCAUAAGAGUUGCUAGGGAGAGGUUCGUCGGUACUGAUGUGUAUGCGAGCGGGUCGCUAUUGGCAGUGAUGGCAGUGAUGGAUGUCUAGAGGUGGUAAAACGGUAGGAUAUAUGGAGGAGUAUUGGCACCCUUUUAUGCGCCAUGAUGGGCCUAAACACGCGGGAACCCGCGUCUAGUACUGGUAAAUGCUCGAAGUGAAUUUGCCUCGUCGCGUUAUGCAGCAGUGAAUUAUCCUACCGACAUGGGAGGGUGCAUGUGUACAUUGUGAGGGUGUCAGCGUGUGAGCGACACAAGUUCAACACAAUGUUUGUUAGUGUAUAACCUAUGUUAUUGAAGUGCUGCUCAGUGCUUUCAACCUUAGCCGCGGUCAUUGACGUAAAUGGCGCCUUGUUGUGGUGAGGGGGUUGAGGAGGAUAUGCGUCCGUCAAUGGCAUGCCGUGCGGAAUGGCCCAGCGAGUGGCUCAGUAACGAAAUGCAAAGCAUUUACGUGGUUGAAAUGCUCAUGGUGAAGGGAAGGGGUAAGCUAUAUUGGGCAUUUGGACCUCCGGGCCCUGAACGUUGUACGAGGACUUGACUGGGGUAGCAU